AUGAAUACCCUUAAUGAGCUUAGGGAGGUGGUAGCGCAGGCGAAACGUGAAAACCAGCAAGAUCUAGAGGAAGCUCGCAGGGCACAACGGGUGAAAGGGCUGACAACCCAUCUGGACGACGAGAAUCAAGAUGAGAACAAACUAAACGAGCAUGACUACGACUCACGAGAUCUCAUGGAUAUGACGUUGGCCGAUGUCGAUCAAUUGGAAAGCAAAAAACGACCACGGAGUCUGGUACGGCGGGGAAAUAUGGCCGACUUAGCCUCUGCUACGUACGUCAAGGAGUUGCAACUGAUGGAGGCCGACGAGGAUGGAUACACGCGACAAGUGAACUCAGGAAAAGGAUCGGUAGAAGAUCAACUUCGCGCGUUGGAGGCACAACCCCUGUCACAAGCAGUCGAGGAGAUGGCAAAGUUGGUAGCCGACGCUGAUAGUAAACGGAAAUCAAAGAAAACUACGGGGUACACAAAGAAUGACCGCUUCAAUGAGAAAUUGGAUAAAAUGUUGGGCUAG